AUGCAAAUACCUGAGUUCAUGGGUUCUCUCCACAAGUUGAGGUAUCUCGAUCUAUCGGGGCUAACCUUCACUGGAAGGAUACCACCACAGCUGGGUAUUCGUAAUCUAAGCCUCAGAAACAACCACCUCUCGGGUGAAUUUCCUUCAUUUCUCGAACACUGCCCACAACUUGUCUUUCUUGAUCUUGCACACAACCAUUUUUUUGGAACUUUGCCAACAUGGAUUCCUGAGAAAUUGCCAUAUUUGGCUUUCUUACGGCUGCGGUCGAAUUUGUUUUAUGGUCACAUUCCAGAGGAGCUAACAGGGCUAGUUAAUCUUCAGUAUUUGGACCUUGCCUACAAUAAUAUAACGGGGAUCAUACCGAAAUCUAUUGUUAACUUCAAAGGGAUGACUGCUGCGAGUGAUCAUUUUGACGAUGAUUAUACAUUUCAAGCUGCUUUCAACUUCGGUCAUGGAUGGACAGAUGGCUACACAUACCAAGAAUUGUCAAUUCAUUAUAAUGACUUGGUCACCUAUACAGAGAAUUUCACUGUAGUCACAAAGGGUCAAGAGAGAUUAUAUACAGGAGAGAUCAUAUAUAUGGUGAAUCUUGAUUUAUCAUGUAAUAAUCUUAUUGGAGAUAUUCCCAAAGAAAUCAACAGUCUUGUCGAGCUGAAGAACCUGAACUUAUCAUGGAAUACCUUCAGCGGAAAAAUUCCUGGGAAUAUUGGCGCCUUGACGCAAGUGGAGUCACUCGACCUAUCACACAAUGAGUUGUCUGGCGAAAUCCCUGCAAUCCUAUCGGCUCUCACGUCAUUAAGCCGCUUGAACCUCUCCUAUAACAACCUGACAGGAGAGAUACCAUCCGGAGAUCAACUGCAAACACUUGAGGACCCAGAAUAUAUUUAUAUUGGCAACCCGGGCCUCUGCGGUCCUCUUCUGCCGCAGAAAUGUUCACUACCCGAACCAAUUCCAGCUACUCAAGAACACCAUGAAGAUUUAAGUGACGUGGCAUCGUUUCUCAUCGCUAUAGGUUCUGGAUAUGUGAUGGGUAUCUGGGUAGUCUUCUGUACCUUCUUGUUCAAGAGGAAAUGGCGAGUUAAGUGGUACUCCAUCUGGGACAGGUUGUGUGAUUGGGUCUAUGUGCAAGUGGCCGUUACAUGGAUUUCCUGGACAAGAAAAAAAAAACCCGCAGAAGCUGAGAACGAUCGCUAG